UGGGAGCUGCCGGGGCUCGGGCUGGGCCGUGUCCAGUGGGGCCGGGCGCGAUGGGGGACUGGAGCUCGCCUGUCAGCUCGCUGGGUGAGGAUGUGGUGGCCCGGCUCUGCCAGCUCCUGGACAACACCGGCCGCGGCUGGCGCAGGUUGGCUGAGGUGGCUGCGGUGGAGAAACGCUUCAAGUGCAGUGAGGAGGAGCUGGAGAUGUGCUCACUGAAGGUGCUGGAGCCCCAUGGCAGCCCCACGCAGAGCCUCCUGCAGCUCCUGGCUGAGCGUGACUGUACCCUCCAGGACCUGCUGGGCUGCCUGGAGAGGAUGGGGCACACACAGGCCUGCCACGUCCUCAGCAGCGCCGUCCAGGACAUGAUCCGCAUCGUGGUGCAGCCAGAGUCGCAGGUGGUGGCGGAGGGGACGCGGGUGUCCCUGAGCUGCCGGGCCACCGGACCACCGGGGCUCACGUACCAGUGGUUCUGUGGGAGGCAGGAGGUGCCCGGAGCCACGGCCCCGGAGCUAGUGGUGGACACGGCCGCGCCGUGGGGCCGUUCCGAGUGGUUCAUCUGCCGCGUGAACUGCGGGGCCACCUUCACCUUCUCCCAGUGGGCGCAUGUCCGGGUAGAGAGGAGCAGCAGCCCCAGUGCAACUGACGGUUACUGCCCGACCAUGUCAGGGCUGCAGAUCCUGCAGCACCCACAGCCGUGCCGCCUGGCCGAGGGGGACACGCUGGUGCUGGAGUGCCGGGCCAUCGGCAGCCCACCGCCCCAGUACCAGUGGUUCAGGAACCAGUGUCCCGUGGAGGGUGCGCAGGCACCACAGCUCCAGGUGAAGCUGGUGACAACGGCCGAGCGGGGCUGCUACUCCUGCCGCGUGUUCAACCUCUUCCAUGAGCUCUGGAGCCGGGAAGUGGAUGUGGAGAUCGGCCCCCGGCUCUUCACAUCCGGAUGCUCCUGGCAGGAGGGGGAUGGAGGUUCCCCGGAGCACGGCAGCCCCAGACAACUCUAUGCCACUGACAAGGUGGCCCUGCUCAUCGGGAACAUGCAUUACCUGCACCACAAGCAGCUAAAGGCCCCUAUGGUGGAUGUGCACGCCCUCAGCACCCUCCUCCGACAGCUUGACUUCAAGGUGGUGUCACUGCUGGACCUGCGCAAGGCAGAGAUGCAGAUGGCUGUCAAUGAGUUCCUCCUCCUCCUCGACAAGGGUGUCUAUGGUUUGCUCUACUACGCCGGGCAUGGCUAUGAAAACUUUGGCAAUAGCUUCAUGGUGCCCAUCGACGCGCCCAGUGCCUACACCUCUGCCCACUGCCUGUGCGUGCAGCGGGUGCUGCAGGGCAUGCAGCAGCGCCACACCAGCCUCAACGUCUUCCUGCUUGACAUGUGCCGCAAGAGGAACCUCAACGACGAUGUCAUCCCAAAUGUCGGGACACUGCAGGUCACGGCCAACAUCGUCUUCGGCUAUGCCACGUGCGCAGACGCUGAAGCCUACGAGCUGAGCCAGGGCGAGCUCUCCAACGGCAUAUUUGUCACCUUCCUCAAGCGCUGGCUGCUGGAGGACGAGAAGAUCACAGUGUUGCUGGACAAGGUGGCCGAGGACAUGGGCACACUGGAGAUCACGCGGGGCCGGCAGGCGCUGGAGCUCCGCAGCAACCUCUCAGAGAGACGAGCUCUGACGGACCCCAUCCACGCACCAGCCCGGGACGAGUCCUCGGCCAGGAACCUCCAGUGGUCCAAGGCUCAUGUCCUGCCGGAGAGCCGGGCCCUCAGCUUUGACUGUGGUGUCACCAUCCAACUGGGCUUUGCCGCUGAGUUCUCCAACAUCAUGAUCAUCUACACGCGCGUGGUGGCCACCCCCGAGGACAUCGCCACGUGUGAGGCCAAGCUCACCGACAUACCUGAGGAGCUGGGUGUGGACCUUAAGUGCACCAAUAAGGGGAACCCGGAGGACAUGGGCAGCCCAUUGGCGUCCACCUGGAGCCUCAAUUGCCCUUCCUGCUGCCUCUACAGCCGGCUCUGUGGCUUGCAGAAGCUGCAGCGGGAGCUGGUGUUCACCGUCUGCCUGCAGUACCGGUACCGGGGCAUGGAGGACUUCGUGGAGGAGAAGCAGCGCGUGAGCGUGGGGAAGCCGCUCAUUGCCAAGCUCAACUUGUGCCCUGCGGCCUCCCCGGUGCCCCCCAGCAGCCCUGGCUCUGCCUCCCCCCCCGUGAGCUGGGGGGCGCUGGGGGGCUCCUGGGGCAACAGCCCUGAGGAGAACCUGAGCCCCGAGGUGCCCAGCUCCCAGCCCCUCUAGAGGGACAAUGUGCCCCACCCCUUGUCACUGCAGUUCCCCUGGGGCCAUGUCCGUCCUGCUGCAGGGAUGGAGGGGAUGGACAUGGAGGUGGGUGCUGGGAGGGGUGACCCCAUCCUGGCCUGUGCCAGGGGGUGCUGGAGCACAGCUGGGAGCCCUGCACAGGGGGCUGCAGCUUGGUGCUGCCCCAUGACAUAGCCCUGACACCACGGGUACAGGCAGCGCCACUGCCAUGUGCCAAGACAGUGCCACUGCCAUGUCACUGGGCAGUGCCAACCCCACGUGUGCGGGGGCAGAGUGCCCAGAGCCCACAGCUCAGCACCGGGGCAGCGCUGGCUCCAUCCAGGUCUGGAAGAAAUAAGAGAGAAAUAAGCAGAUUAAGGAGCAAAUCCUGCGGGAGGGGAUUAAAGGGGGUGGGAGUGGGAGGGCUCCUGCUCUGCCACGAGGGGCUGGAGGACGCCCCAGUGUCUCCCAGCAGCACCCAGUCCUCCCAGCACAACCCCCGCUGCAGGAGUGUGGCAGUGAGUGAUUUCAGGGUGGGAUCAGGAUCUGGGGGAGGGGGGAGGGAAAUGCCUUUUUGCUUGGGUUUUCUCCAAACUGGGUCUCAAGUGGGGAAAGCCCCAGCAAAGAGGGGCAGGGCAGGUGCUCUGGAGUCUAUCCUGCAGUGAAAUGGCAUUGUUUUGAACCAGAAAUAUUGCCUGUUUCUGCAUUAAAUGCCCACGGGAGGGAAGGUCAACCCCCCCCACGCCUCCCCAUGAGGGACACCCCAUGCCACGCUGUCCUGCGCCCCACCGCACGCCCAUCGCAUCCCCCCACCCCAGGGAGAUGCUUUUGGGUGGCAGUUGCCAAAGUGAGAAUUGGGGCAGGAGCAGCCUCAGCCCCUUCAGUCCCCCCUCGGCCGGGUGGGGGGUGCUGAGCCCCCGCGCCAGCGGCUUUUGUUGGCGCUGGGGAGCCGGGGGGAGCCCCGGGCUGGCGCCAGCCUCGACACUGAUGUCAUGUGAAACGUGCAGCCCCAUUGAGCGCGUCCCUUCCCCCGGAUCAAACCCCAUUACUUCCACUGCCCUUAGUUCAUUAUAUCCCCGCCGGAGCACGGCUGCUUCACCCCGGCCCUGCCCCAUUAGUUGGGCUGCGGAGCCGGGGGAGCAUCGAUUAUGCGUUUAAUGGCUCGUUGAAGGUUUAAUUGUCACUAACGAAGCAGAUGAGCAGCAGCAGCCGGGGAAUGGGGGGGACAUAAGGAGAAGGGUCUCACUGGGGUCAGGGCCUUGGCUGGCCCGGUGGCAUCCCAGCCUGACCUGGGGAUGCUGGAUGGAGUCUUGUCCAGGGGAGACCCCCCUGGGGUGGUGGGGACACGGUGGGGAUGGGGCAGCACCCCCACACCUGGUCCCAGCAAAGCCUGGGUUGUGGCUGUGGUCAGGCUGAAGGUCUGGGGAAAUGUCUUGUUUUUGUGUGAGGAAGGUCAGUUGGUGCUUGCUCCCCUUCAAUAGGGAUCCCCAGGGACCUGGGGCCCCCACUUGCCCAGGGUUGAGCCCCCAUCUCACUGCCCAUCCAUGCUUCAGCACCCCAAAGCCACCUCAGGCUCAUAUAUCCCUGUCCAAAGGGAAGGUCUCCUCCACAGGUCUCUCUAUGAGGGUGUUGCUGAGCCCUGAUGCCAGGCAGAUGGGCACCCUGGGGCUGCAGAGCCAUGCCGGGAACCCCCAGGGACAUCUUGUCACCCCCUGGCCGCUGCCAGGGCUCCUGGCCCUGUCACCACCCCUCUUGUCACCAAGACGGGGUCCUGCUGCCACCCAGUGCUGUGGGGUGGCUUUGUGCUACCAGCACGUGGCUGGGUGGGUGCCACUGGGGAGCAAUUAGGGCAGUUGGACCAAGGCGGGGCUGAGCAGAUGCCCCUUGAUGAGCUCCGGAGGACACGGUCAGAAGUCACCGGUGCCUGGAUCCGAACCCAACCCAAGGGAGAGGGGAGGGGGUGCCCUGGGGUGGUGCUCCCGCGUGCCCCCUGGGAGCUCCCAGCACACUAAUGAGCAGCACAGCCAAUGAGGCUGCCGUUGAGCUUCUCUCUUUACUCAGGAUACAACCAUGUCCUCAUCUACCAGCACAACAAGAGUCAUCCCCCAAUGCAGCUAAAAAAGGAUCCCCCCAAAUACUCCCUAAAACCUGGAGCUUUGUGUCUGUUUUGUUUAAACCUGCAGCAUUAAAAAAAGAAAUUGUUAA